GGGAAAUCUUCCGUGGAUUCUUAAGCAAAAAUAAAAGCAAAUUGGUUCUUUACGUGGCAACUUGUCAGUGGUUGGUUUUUCUUCUCUUUCCUCCUCCGCCCCGCUCGCCCACCCCCGCCUUCAGAAAUUGUCCUCAACUAGGCUCCGUAGUCCCUCGCCUUGCUCAGAUCACCGGCCUCCGGCGCCUACUACUCGCUGUUAAACAGCUAGCGCAGUCCUGGGACUGAUAGAGUACGAGAAUUCACUCACAUUUUACUCUCUCACUACGGUUGUUAAUUCCUGUACUCAACUCCUUCUGUUUUACAAUGUACCCUCAUUGUCACCCUUCCUAGAAGCUGAAUAAUUACUGGAGCCUAUUGCGCGCUUUAAUUUCCACUUCUCCACUAAUUUUUCUAAACCCUAGUUUUUUACCAGUUUAGUUUAAUGUCUGGACCGCCACGAGUGAAAUCGGUGAAUUUCACUGAAUCGGAGACGAGGCCGGUGCUCGGACCAGGCGGUAAUAAAGCUAGAUCCAUGGAUUUGCAAAAGCCCAUUUCGAAACCCAAGUUCGAGAAAGCCAUGAAACCCCAAGAUAGUGACGAGCCCGAGGGAAAAAUGCCUCCAGCAGCUAAGGAAACUGAACAAUCGUCUCCGAAGAUGGGUUUCAAGAGGAAAAAUAAAAGUGCAGCCUCCGUUUUGAGGACUCGGCAGCCUAAUUUGUCAAUGAACGCAUCGUGUUCUUCCGAUGCUUCUUCGGAUUCAUCGCACAGCCGGGCUUCCACAGGAAGGAUUAACAGGCAGAACAUUACCCCGACUGCACCAAUUAGAAGGAGGCAGCAAUGCAGCCCAAAAAGUGAGAGAGUUGAGAAAAGUAUUGGGGGUGAGAGUGAAGGUAUGAUGAUUGAAGGUUUAGUGGCCAAGAAGAGGUGUGCUUGGGUGACUCCCAAUACUGAUCCAACUUAUGCUGCUUUUCAUGAUGAGGAGUGGGGUGUUCCAGUCCACGAUGAUAAGAAGCUUUUUGAAUUGCUGAGCUUUUCUACUGCGUUGGCUGAACUAACUUGGCCUGUCAUUCUUAAUAGAAGGCAUAUAUUUAGAGAAGUCUUUGCGGACUUCGAUCCCAUGGCAGUCUCAAAAUUGAAUGAGAAGAAGAUAGCAUCACCAGGAAGUCCAGCAAGCAGUCUUCUGUCGGAACUAAAGCUUCGAUCAAUUAUUGAAAAUGCACGUCAAAUUUCCAAGAUAAUAAAUGAGCUUGGGUCUUUCGAAAAAUACAUUUGGGGUUUUGUGAACUUCAAGCCCAUAACAGGUAAUUUUCGCUACCCACGACAGGUUCCAAUCAAGACAUCGAAGGCUGAAACCAUAAGCAAAGACUUGGUGAAAAGAGGAUUUCGAGGAGUCGGGCCUACAGUCAUUUACUCGUUUAUGCAAGCAGCCGGAAUCACAAAUGACCAUAUCAUCAAUUGUUAUAGAUAUCAGGAAUGUAUAGCUGCAGGUGGUGCAAAGGACAGGGAUGAGGGCCUGAAGGCGAAGAUCGAAGGGAAACAACCUGAAAUUGCUGAAUUCGAGUUAGUUAGGGCUAUCGACGACUUGAGUUUAUCAACUUAGUAUUUGUCAGAUGUUUGUAAUCCGAUGUAUCGUAAUGUAUGAUGUGGAGGGAUAGUUUCCCUCAAUUGGAUCGCCCAAUGGCUCAAGGGAAUUUUAUGUACAAAUCGUUAUGAUUAUUGUUUCUGUAUACGUUAAUAGAAUUUGCGGAAAAUGAUAUUCAACUUUUUCAGUUCUAUAAUA